AUGUCAUCACUGUUCUCGGUCUUGUCGCUGUUUACGGAAGAUGUCAAGCUCCGCCAUGACGAUGAUCGAGAUGCUAGGCCUGUGUCGAGUGCUUCGAGUACUGGCUUCCCCUUCGGUGCAACGACUGAGUCUGGUCCGAAUACUCCGGCUUGGUUGGGUGAAGAGAACCCACGGAUGACGGCGUAUACGGAUCCGAGAAGUCGGGCUUCAUCGACAGCACCUGCCAAUGAUCAUUUGCCUGCUAUUCCACCACUUUCUCUGAAUUCCACAUCAGACCAACAAAAUCCGCACCGGACAGAUCAUGAUCGGAACAGAGAUCGUGGUAAACGGGGAGCUACCCGUAGAUCUGAGAAUGGCAAAUCUGUGCAUCCUGAUAUCGUCGCGAGAGCGACUAUAGAUACCACCAUCGCCAUCAUCCCAGCUACCGCCUUUCAUCGUCUUACUAGGGUCUACCCCAAAGCUACUGCACACAUCGUCCAAGUCAUCCUGACCAGACUCCAACGUGUUACGCUUGCCACUGCGCAUUCGUAUCUUGGUCUGACCUCUGAGGUCCUGCGAACAGAGAGGCAUAUGAAUAGGUAUACGACCUACGAUCUACCGAACCAUCUUCGUGGGGUGGCGUUGGAGAGACUGAAGCACAAGUUCACACAAGAAAAGGAACGUCUAGACUCGGCUGAGGACUUUAUGAAGGGCAUCGCUCUGCAUAAUCCAGGGGCUGUUAAGAAACGUCGUUCGAGCAGCAGCCUGAGAAGAGAGAUAGCCCAGCAAGCAAAAUUCUCGGCCAAUCACGGCGAACCUCACACCGGGCCCUCUAGCCACUGGAAGGGCCAUGGCCACCGCUCAAGUAUCAGCGCAGGAGAUCUACUUACCAACAUACAAGUGUCUCGCACCCGCCCCGAGACGUUGCCUCGAAUGCACACAAGCAAGCCGGCGUCUCCGUUGGGACUAGGGUUUCAAGAAAUAAUCAGUCCGCUGAGCCAGAUGGAGAACCCCCCUUUUGUGCCUGCGCCUAACCUGAACGGCUUACACGUGCACGGGCAGAAGUCUUUGGACGAGGACGACCUUUUCAGGCAAUCAAUCCUCGAAUGCAUCAUGAAAGCCAUUGGCCUCACAAAUGCAAACGUAGUCAAAAAGCCGAUAGACUCCGUCGAACAGUCGCCGCGCAUGGUUUCCUACGAUGCGCAACGGCAGAAAGCAACAUUCACCAACAAUGCCUUCGGCUUCAUCGACCCAUACGAGGGCUCUGGCGAUGGCGAUUCGGAAUCGGUCUAUUCUACGUUUGGCAACAGCAGUCCUUCGAAUGCUCGGAGCCUUACAAGCGAACUUCGGGACGAUCUGGAGAUUGUGUACUUUCCAAAAGAUGCCGUUCUCGUAGAACAAGGAGAGAGGAACCCUGGUCUUUACUAUGUCAUUGAUGGCUUCCUGGAUGUCAGUAUUCCAGGAAGUGAGAAAGAUGUGGAUGAUCGCUCGGCGACGACACGGUCUAUGGGACAGAGCUUGUCUCCGCUGAAAAGAGUCGCAACAAACUCUCCACAUACAAAAGCGGCCCAGAAAAGAGGGCAGUCGCGGAAGAGUUUGUUUCUGAUCAAGCCCGGCGGCCUCGCAGGAUAUGUUGGCACGAUAUCUUCGUACAGAUCCUUUGUUGAUGUCAGAGCGAAGACCGAUGUCUAUGUCGGCUUUCUCCCGAGGGCAUCUCUGGAGCUUAUGGUGGAGAAGCAUCCAAUUGUACUGUUGACUAUGGCAAAGCGCCUGACUAGCUUACUUCCACGUCUCAUUCUACAUAUCGACUUUGCUUUGGAGUGGGUGCAAGUCAAUGCAGGUCAGGUCAUACACCAUCAAGGGGAUGAAAGUGACGCAAUCUACAUUGUGCUAAAUGGUCGUCUCCGAGCAAUUCUCGAGCGAGACGAUGGGGACAUGAGAGUCGUGGGAGAGUAUGGACAAGGCGAAAGUGUGGGCGAGCUGGAAGUCAUGACCGAAUCUCCACGGCCAGCUACGUUGCAUGCUAUUCGUGACACUGAGCUGGCAAAAUUCCCAAAAAGUCUGUUCAAUAGCCUCGCUCUGGAGCACCCGGGCAUCACGAUCAAGAUAUCCAAGAUCAUUGCGCAGAGAAUGAGAGCUUUGAUCGAGGAUCCUUUUGAGCAAAGCAAGGACAAGACCAACGCUGGCUCAAAGCAAAAUGCGACUUCGACCAUGAACCUUAGGACCACAGCAAUCUUGCCAGUUACGGCUGGUGUUCCAGUGGUAGAAUUUGGAAGCAGGCUCUUGAGCGCUUUGAGUCAAAUAGGAGUUGCUAAUGGCGUGACUUCCCUCAACCAAGCUGCCAUUCUGAACCAUCUAGGGAGACAUGCUUUCUCGAGAAUGGGCAAGCUCAAGCUUUCGCAGUACCUGGCUGAUCUGGAAGAGCGCUACGGUAUGCUUUUGUAUAUCGCCGAUACGAACGUCAACUCUCCAUGGACGCAGACGUGCAUCACUCAGGCUGAUUGCAUUCUUUUGGUUGGACUUGCAGAAGGCUCCCCAAGCAUAGGAGAGUACGAGAAAUUCCUGUUGGGUAUGAAGACAACUGCGAGGAAAGAGUUGGUCUUACUGCAUGUCGAACGAUACUCACCUCAAGGCCUCACACGCAAGUGGCUACGAAACCGCCUGUGGAUCAAUGGAGGUCAUCAUCAUAUCCAGAUGGCUUUUCGGACCAACUCGCAGCCGGUCCAGCCUCAGAUCAAACGGUUUGGCACCCAGCUUAAACAGCGAGUCCAAGUCCUCCAAGCCGAGAUACAAAAGUACACUUCAAGACGAAUUCGACAAACACCCCUGUACUCUGCAGAGACCCCGUUCAAAGGAGACUUUCAUCGAUUAGCACGCCGUCUCUGCGGCAAGUCCGUUGGUCUAGUCCUUGGCGGUGGAGGUGCUCGAGGCAUCUCCCAGGUCGGCGUGAUCCGCGCCCUCGAAGAAGCCGGCAUCCCCAUUGACAUCAUCGGCGGCACAUCUAUCGGUGCCUUUAUUGGCGCUCUCUACGCUCGUGACGCGGAUGUAGUCCCUAUGUACGGUCGAGCAAAGAAAUUUGCAGGCCGCAUGGGUAGCAUGUGGCGCUUCGCCCUCGACCUUACAUACCCCUCUGCAUCCUACACCACCGGCCAUGAGUUCAACCGCGGCAUCUUCAAGGCGUUUGGGAACUCCCAAAUGGAAGAUUUUUGGCUUGAUUUCUACUGCAAUACUACCAAUAUCUCUAAAUCUCGAGCUGAGUUCCACGACUCAGGCUAUGUCUGGAGGUAUGUGAGGGCUUCGAUGUCUCUUGCUGGCCUCAUACCUCCACUCUGCGAUGAAGGAAGCAUGCUACUUGAUGGCGGCUACGUCGACAAUCUCACAGUCGCCCACAUGAAAUCUCUGGGCGCAGACGUCAUCUUCGCCAUCGACGUCGGCUCUCUCGAUGAUAACCUUCCUCAAGCAUUCGGCGACUCCCUCUCCGGCGCCUGGGCGCUCUUGAAUCGCUGGAACCCUUUCUCGAGCUACCCCAACCCGCCAACCCUCUCCGAAAUCCAAGCGCGACUGGCCUACGUCUCCUCUGUGGAUGCAUUGGAGAGGGCAAAAACGACACCAGGGUGCUUGUAUAUGAGACCACCGAUUGAUCCAUACGGGACGCUGGAUUUCGGCAAGUUUGACGAGAUUUACAAGGUCGGGUAUGACUACGGAAAAGAGUUUUUGGGCGGGCUGAGGGAGAGGGGGAUCUUGCCGGGAAGUAUGGAGGAGACGGAGGAGAAGAGGAACUUGAGGAGGACGAUGGCGCCAAGGAGGGCUAGUGUUUGA